GGCUAUAUCAGAAAGCUUUUGUUGUCAAAUAAAAAAAUUGUCUGAUUGCAGUUACAAAAAUAAUUUGUUAAAUUCAUUGUGUCUAAAGAAUAGAGUUUAGGUCGCUUUUAUAUGCUUUCAUAAAAAAGCGUGUGAUCUACAAUUUUGAACAAGCAGCUCUCUUUUUGCAGGUUUAAACUGCUAUGAACGCAAUGGUAACAUCGCAAGCUAAACCUGAAUUUAUGACGCCACAUACAACACAAUUAGGUCUACAUCAAAGUCAAUCUCCAGCUCCCACAGUAGCUCCCACUUCCCCAAAUCCAUUAAAUGGAGAUAUGUCUCACGUGAAAAGGCCGAUGAAUGCAUUCAUGGUAUGGUCACGUGGCAAAAGAAGACAAAUGGCACAAGACAACCCAAGGAUGCACAAUUCAGAAAUAUCCAAGCGAUUAGGAGCAGAAUGGAAAUGUCUGACACAGCAAGAAAAGCAACCCUUUAUCGAUGAAGCAAAACGCCUUCGUGCUGUUCAUAUUCAGGAACACCCCGAUUACAAGUAUAAGCCAAAAAGAAGAAAACAAAAAACUACUAAAAAAGAUAUAUAUACGCCUUACCCAAGUAUUGGUCAAGGAAUGGUUCCCAAUAUUGAUUCUAAAUAUGCUUCAAUUGGCUAUCAACCGACACUAAGCUACGGAAUGAGCUCAGAUAUGUAUAACAAAUUGAACGGAGGUUACGGUUACCAGACAACAAUUAGCACCGGUUACCCUUUAAUGUAUUCUAAUUACAGCGUUGGGCCAAGUAUGGUAGGUUCUCACUCUCAAUCUUCUCCUACUGGAGCACAUCAAUCAUACCCAUCUUCUACAAUAACUUCACAAAUUGGUACACCUGUCAUAACAGAUUCCACAUACCGUGUUUCGACGUCAGACUAUAUUAAUAGUAAAAAUUAUUUUUCAAACAUGAACAGUCCUUAUAGUCCGGUAGAUUCAGCUGCUACCUCAACUCAUUCUCAAAAUCGAUAUCCUACUACAGACGAAAACAGAAAUAUUGUAAAUCACGCACAUUCUGUUGGAAACGGAAUGGUAUCGAAGUUAAUACAAGAACACGAUGUUCAGUCUAAUUUUCCAGACAACGCUGUAAAUAGAAACUGGUCAUUAAAUUUUUCUUCUGUUUAGUUUUCACAUAUUUAUGAGUUACUAUAGUUACUAUUCAAACUAAAGUUGCCAUGUUGGAUUUUAACAUGAGAUGUAUCUUAGUUAGGCUAGAUAUUUUGAUACUCGAUUUAAAACUUACGAGUAUGUUAUAAUUUUAUAAUCUAUGUUUGCAAGAAAUCAAAUGUACGGUAAACUUCACAUGGAGUUUUUUAUUUUUUGUGUUUUUAUUGAUUCUUUUUCUCAAAAUUAUUUUUUAUUUUUGUAAAUAUUUAUUCUAACAAAGAACUUUAAGAAAGUUUUUUUGCAACGAUAAACUUUUUUUUUUUUAAUUUAUCAAGAUUUUCUAAUAACAAAAAAUAAAAAAUUAUUUUCAUAUCAAAAUUUCCAAAUUUUUCUUAAUCUAAAUAUUGUUAACCAGUAUUUUAUAGUUUUUUGUUUUUUGAGUAUUUAUGCAUCAAAUGUAUAUAGUUUGGCACAUUUUAUGAAAAUAUGCAGUCUAAAAUCUAUUUAAAAGAAAUAUAUGUGCUCAGAAAUAAA